AUGUCCAAUGUGCAAGUGGCUGUACGAUGUCGAGGUAGAAAUCAAUUAGAAAUCUCCGCAAAGUCCCAAAUUGUCGUGGAAUUGGCCGAUGACAACUAUUCAAUCACAGAACCAUACGUCACAUUAACUCAUUCCCCAACUUCUACCCCAACUUCAACAUCUUUGGGAGGAUCAAGUGCAAUCAAUAAAUCUUUUCAAAGUAAUUCAACAGAUGCAGCGAAAAAGACAUACAAAUUUGACCAAAUAUAUGGUUCUCAAGCUGAUCAGUGCCUCAUAUACUCAAAACUCGCACAGCCAUUGCUCAAAGACUUCUUGAAUGGUUUAAAUGUAACGAUUUUAGCUUAUGGCCAAACAGGCACAGGUAAAACAUAUACUAUGUGCGGAGAUUGUGAUCUUGAUAUCGAGUUUAAUUUCGAUUCCGAUUCCGAUUUUGAAAAAAAUGCUAUUGUUAUGCCCGAGAAUGCAGGGAUUAUUCCUAGAUUACUUUGGGAGCUUUUUGGAAAAUUGACUUUCGAGCAUACCGAUUUUAUGGUGAGGAUAUCGUAUUUGGAAAUUUACAAGGAAGAACUAAUUGACUUACUACUGCAACAGACGAAAAAAUUAAGGAUUAUUGAACAGCUUGUCUCUAGCGCUACAAAACAAACGGGAAACCCAUCCAACCGCAAAAAAGUAUUUGUCCAAAACUUGACUGAAAGUUGUGUUAAUAACUACCAAGAAGCAAUACAAGCAUACAAAAUGGCACAAGCCCGAAGGAAAACCUCAGCAACAAACAUGAAUGACAAAUCGUCUCGGUCACAUGCUAUAUUCGGGAUUCAACUAUACAAAAAAGAUCCUCGCAAUGAUGUUGUGUACAAAGUAUCCAAGAUGAACUUGGUGGAUUUGGCCGGCUCUGAAAAUAUUAGUCGCUCAGGGUCCAUGGUGAAAGAAGCAGGUGGUAUCAAUCAAUCACUCUUAACAUUGGGUAGGGUGAUUAAUGCAUUAAACGAUAGCAGUGGCAAACGAAGUUCUCAACAUAUUCCAUUUAGAGACUCGAAACUCACACAUAUCCUACAAGAGUCACUAGGCGGAAACACAAAAACUACACUUAUUGCUACAAUAUCCCCCGCGCACAUUAAUAGUAUGGAGACAUGUUCGACCCUCGAUUACGCAGCAAAAGCCAAAAAUAUAAAAAACACACCGCAAAACGGUCAUGACUCUGAUACUGUUCUAAAGAGGACCUUGCUCAAAAACAUGUCAAUUGAAAUAAGUCAGCUCAACCUGGAAUUAGAGGCAACAAGAAACAAGAAUGGUAUUUUUUUGGAAAAGAACCGCUACUAUGAUUUGCAUCAAGAACUAGAUUCGUUGAGAAACCAAUUAAGAGAAAAGGAUUUGGCCAUUGAGCUGCUUACUUCGAAAUGUAAUAACUUGACCCAACUGAAUCUUGAGAAAACCUCAGAAGUCAAAUUGAUAAUGACAGAAGUGGAAAAUCAAAAAAAAGAGUUGAGUCAAUUGCAAAAUUCUAAUGAUGCACUCGUUGAGCUGAACAAGAAACAAAAGGAAGAUCUUGCACAUUAUCAAAGUUUGUUGCAUACAAUAAAAAACCAAUACUAUGAGCUCUCGCAUCUGCAGAUGUCUAAUUUUAUUAAGUAUGUGAAGAAGUCCCGGUCUGUAUUCAAGAAGUAUUUUCCUGCUUACUCAACGACUAGUGGUGUUGAAGAAGAGGUUGAAUCCGACAUUGAAAGAUUGAAAAAGAAACUAUACGAAAAUUUCAACGCUCUGGCGAACUUUGACGAAAAAAACUUCCGCAUAACUUAUAACGAUGUUCCUGUUGCGGAGUUCAUUAAUCGAUGCAUUGAAAUGCAGGAUACAACUUUGAGUAAGGUGCAGCAUAAGAUGAGAGCUAUGGAAAACACCGGCAAUGAAGUUCUAAAUCAAUUAAGGAAUCACGUAGAUUUAGACCGAAGCGAAUUAAUACGCAAAAAGCGCUCGAAUGUGCUUCUAAAGAACUUCGCAGGCUUGAAGGACCUGCUUAAAUUAUCGAUAGAUAGACAGGUGGAGGAGCAGCUAAAAAAAAUGACAUGCCAAACAGAUCUUCUUCACAAGGAAGAUCUUGAUUUACAACAACAGGUGCUUGAAAAUUUUGAAAAGAAAUGGAAACAAGGGUCUUUAGGAUCAGCUUUAAAUGAAAGCGAGAUCAAUAAAAGUACAACGGGAGCAUCGGAGACACUACAAUUUCGAAAUCAAAAUCAAACUCAAUAUCAAGAACAAUGUCGAGAUCGAGAUCGAGAUAUAGAUUAUGGUCAAGACAUAAGCAAAAGCACGAGAACAGACAGAAACCACCAUCAUCAACAUCGAAUGCAACAGUCGCCGAUCAAUACAAGGCGACGGACAAUGUCAAUAUCGCCCCAGAAAUCGAAAAUCCCAACUAUGAAAAGGCUGGCGAGCACUUUGCUUGAUGACCAGACAAAGCGACAAAAAGUACCUAGUAGCUAA